AUGUCGGAUGUGUCGAACUCUUUCUCAGCUUGGGAGACCCUGCCGGAGGAGGAACCUCCGCUGUGCAUCGCAAGCUGGUUUUCUGCCUCCGAUCUUGGUCAUCUUUAUGAGAUUCCACCCGAUGUGAUCAACUCGUUGGGAUAUCGAAAACUUCUGCCAUCCAGUAUGAUUAAGCAAACAAACACUCUUGGAGAACUAGUCACAAUUGUCAGAGAACCCCUUCUUGAGGUAUCUUACUGCAUGUCUGUAGCUAGUCCCUCUUUUCCUGCUCUGCGGAUGGUCUUAUGGGGUCCCUUCGGUACAGGGAAGUCGAUAACUCUUAAUCAAGCCGUCCAUUUGGCUUUCACGCAAAAUAUGGUGAUUGUUCAUCUUCACAGUGCUAUGAAUCUCACUCGACAGGUUGGUGAAGUUGAAAUGUCAACUUUCAAACAGGGACGAAUUAAUGAUCCUGCAAAUGCAGUGGCCAUUUUGGAGCAAUUUAAAGAGCAAAAUCAACACAUGUGGAAAACAUUGAGCAGGCUAAAAACUGAGAGAGAUUAUGAAUGGACCAAAAAUGAACGUACAGUUGCUGGCCGGCCGAUCACCGAAAUCGUUGAAAUAGGUGUUUCUGCUCCCUUUCUUGCUAGUGAUUGUGUUGGUGGGCUGUUCCGUGAAUUGAGCAGACACUCUACUGUCGGUUCUAUUAAGCUCUUCGUUGCUGUUGACGAUGCCAAUUCAUUAUGGGGCAAAACACUGGUCAAAAAGGCAGACAGAAGUUUUGCCGCUCCUGUAGACCUCACACUUGUGAACCACUUCAGAAACUUGAUUUCAUCACGUUGGAAAAAUGGAUGUAUACUUCUGGUGGCUGACAAGAAAGAGGUGGCGGAUGCUAGGGACCAGGUUACAUUGUCGCACCACACCCCCCUUGAGCUGUUUGGUGAAAACGGUUUCUAUUUCAUUGAGCCCUUUAUACCGAUAGAGGUAAAGCAGUACACAAAGGACGAAAUUAAUAAUAUCUAUCAAUAUUACCAUGACAGAAGAUGGAUCACCAAUGAGAAAGCAAAAACUGAAGAAGGAAAACAACAGCUGAUUUAUCUAAGCGCGCACAACCCAUUUAGCUUCGAAAGAUUAUGUGCUUUCAACUGA